AAUGCGAGGCGGCCCAACUCACGGAGGGAUUAAGCUCGGCUGGCUCACAUCAUCUUCUCGGAUGGAUCAUUCCGAGACUCGUGUUCAUCAGCCUGGCCAUCCGACGGCAUCCUAAAUUCUGAAAUUUCUAUCGUCGACAGGGGAGUGGCGCCGCCCUUGCCGGUUCUUCGUCGGGAGCUUCGCCGGCGACAAGAGAAUCUCGGUGGUUCUAGCUGAACUCGCGCCCCUGCUAUGCACCCAGUUUCAGUCUCCUUGCAGCCUUUCCCUGCAACUCCGGCAAGCAUACUUGUCCCAAGGUAAUCAGUUUCUCUCUCUUGGACCUGCUUUCCGUUUCUCGCCCACCAAUGGAGGAAUUAUGCGGUCUGCUACAGCUCCUGUCCUGCCGCUUGCCAUACAUCCCCUUUUUUUUUUUCCUUCUUGGCACUAGGAGCGCAGCUGGGAGGAAUUCCAUCGAUUUUGCCGAGUUGCGGAGAGCUGGAAGGUCUAGUGGAAACCUUGCUAUGAAUUCCAUACAGAAUCCUGCCCGUGGGUCAGAAACGUCUGGGAGUGAGGAUUUCAAUGUGGGGGAUAAGGAUGCCGUGGUCAUUGUCGACCAUGGGUCACGGCGCCAAGAAUCCAAUCUCGUGCUGAAUGACUUUGUCGAGAUGUUCAGGGCACGAACUGGUUAUAAGAUCGUUGAGCCUGCUCAUAUGAAUGACGCCGAUCUCUGGAUGCUUGCAGGCGCCAAGGGCCUUACUGGUCUGGUUGCUGCUCAACCUCAGUUUUCACAAAUGCAGGAGCUGGCUGAGCCUACUAUUAAGGAUGCUUUUGGAAAAUGUGUGCAACAAGGGGCAUCCCGUGUUAUUGUUAGUCCAUAUUUCCUUUCCCCUGGACGACAUUGGAAACAAGAUAUCCCUGCUUUAGCAGCAGAAGCAUCCAAGGAGCUCUCAAAUAUACCCUAUAUUGUCACUGCCCCUCUUGGACUGCAUGAGCUUAUGGUGGAUAUCAUGAAUGAUCGCAUCAAGUACUGCCUGCAACACGCUGCAGGUAAUGUCGAUGAGUGUACAGUAUGUGCUGGAACUGGAAAGUGCCGCCUCUACUCCUGAUGGUGAAUACCUGGGAGGCCACAGUUCUCUAUAUAUGAGUAUAUGACUGUUCAUACUGCCUCUUAGAAUCUGAAUAGCUGUGGCAGUGGCAUUUCAAUGCCAGCUUUUCUCUCCGUUUUACCAUUUACAAGGUCUGGGCCAAUAUUUUUCUUCUGUAAGAGAUCUGACGAGUGUAUGUCCCGGUCCCUUAUGUCCCGUGCAGCCAAAAUUACCAUUGUAAUCGGCUUUGUGCAUCUUGAAAUUCGGGACUGUCCAUAUUCUGAGCAGAUUGUCAAAUUAGUCGGACAGGUGGACCAUCAAGAAAAGAGUAUAGCUUCAUUAGCUAACCUUAAGAACAAUUACUGUUGUUAUUUGAACAACGAACAAGAUCUAGUCAAGAAUUCACGUUCUUUAGGGCUUGAUCAUCUUAGUCAGAGAUGAUGAAGGCCCAUCAUGAGCUUUUUUAGUUA